AUGGCUGUGACCAGCGAGGACGAGGAUAAGGACAAGAACACUAGAACUGUGGAGAGACCUGGUCCAGCAGACCUGCUCCGAUCGGCGGUGCACAAGCAAGCGAAUAUCGUACAGCUACCCUUGAUUUCAGAGCUGAUUUCGUCAACGGACAGCAUGACAUUUCGAACCAGACAGUUACCUUCACCUCCAGUUUCACCUGCACAGUCAUUAAACCCAACAACACGAAAGAACGCCCUCGUCAAACGUCGAGACGCUGCUCGGUCAACUCAGCACGGCAGACUAGGGCUGGUUGUGCUACAGAUAGGACAAGACUACAUUGACCCCUCCUACACUUCGUCUACCUCCUCGGCACUGUCCUCCGAAGCCGUCGCUCUGCACGAAUCUUCUUCCAUCGACAACAGAGCAGAAAAGCUGAGGAAGCCGGAGGUGCUUGCACAGCUACACUUGCACCAUUGCAGAUACUGA